GCUGCUGUGGGAGGCGUGGCAGGUGCGGGAGCGGUACGACAGCGCAGCGCCAGCACGGUGCUCGACAUUAACUUGCCACAGCGCAAGGUGUCCGUGGGCGGCGGCGGUGGCAUUGGCUUGGUUGGACCUCCAUCGCCAGUAAUACGGAAUGGUUUUAGCGUCUAUGAUCCGCCGGUGUCAGUGAUUCCCAGUCGCUACUCGAAUUUUAAUGGCCAGGGCGGUGUGGGUGGUGGCGGUGCAAUAGCAGCUGGUGCAGGUGCAACAGCCUCCGGCGUGGGAAUAGCCACCACUAAUCGCGGACGACUGUCCAUCAGCGCGGCAGGUGGGCCACUUAUCGCAUCAACAUCAUCAUCAGCUUCAGCAGCACAGGCACAAGGAGGAGGAGGCGGUGGAGUAUCCGGAUUAGGUGCGACGACAGGUGCAGGUGCAGUUUCCGUUUCCGGUUCGCUGCUCGGGGAGCCAGCAGGCGGAAGUGGAUCGGCGCCCACCAUCGGCGGCACCGCCCCACCCAUCCAGCCGGGUCCCAAGCGCCAGGGCAGCUUCUCGAAUGUCUUCUCAAAGCUAAUCGAUGGUAUGCCCGCCGGCACAAUGUUUGCCAAAUUCAAGAGCACCAACGUGGCCGCCUCCACUGCCACGCAGAGCGUCGCCGAUGGCAAUCCCAUUACGCAGUACUUCGAAAUCGGCAAGCCGGUAGCCUGUGCCGGCCCAGAGUUGGUGUGGCGCAUCCACGAUGCCUACCGCAAGAGCGACAACAAGGAAUGCUCGGUGUUUAUAUUCGAGAAGAAAAUUGCGGAGAAGCUGCACAAGCCGCGUCGCAAGGAGACCAUAACGGAGCUGCUAAAGAGUUCGGUGAAGACACUGGAGCGCUUCCGCCAUCCGCGGAUACUGCAAAUCUAUCACACGGUCGAGGAAAGCGCAGAUACUCUGGCCUUCGCCUCCGAGCCCAUCUUCGCCAGCCUCUCCAACGUCCUGGCCUUCCACGAGUCGAAGACCUACGACACCGCCAACAUGACGCCGGCGGCGGGCGGAGCAGCGGCGGCCCCGGCUCAGGCGGCGGCGAACACUUUGCCCCAACGACCGGCCCAUGCCAAGGAAUACAAUUUCUUGGACAUGGAGCUGAAGUACGGCUUUCUCCAGCUCACCGAGGCACUGGCGUAUCUGCACUAUUCCGGUCACGUAAUUCAUCGCAAUGUGUGUCCAUCUUCUAUACUAAUAACAAAGCGCGGUAUCUGGAAGCUGGCCGGCAUGGAAUAUGUGGAGCGAAUGAACGAGAACGAUUUGAACAGCUCCAUUCCGUGCCCGCCCUGGAGCAAUCGGGUGUCCAAGAUGGCCCAGCCGAAUCUCGACUUUAUGGCUCCCGAAACUCAGUCAACGUCCAAGUGCAGCCUGCUCAGCGACAUGUUCUCGCUGGGGAUGGUGAUCUGUGCGGUCUUCAACAACGGCAGGCCGCUGAUACAGGCCGGCAACUCCACCUCCAACUAUGCCAAGCAAAUGGAAUCGCUGGAUGAUAUGGUCGACAAGUUGAUGCCCAGGCUGCCGAUUGCCCUGCAGGAGGCCACCUCGCGCAUGGCCAGUCGGGAUGCAACGGCCAGGCCCACCGCCCAGCUGCUCCAGCUCAUCAAGUACUUCAUCGAUACGCCCAUAAACGCUCUUAAGUUCCUGGACGUGGUCAACAUGAAGGACACGCAGCAGAAGUCCCAGUUCUACAAGAGCACCUUGAUCGAGGCCAUGCCGCUGAUACCGCGUAAACUCUGGUGGCAGAACAUCUGGCCCAUGCUCAAGUCGGAGAUCAACAAUAACGAGGUCCUCGCCGCGGUCCUGCAGCCGGUCAUGCUCUUUGUCCAGGAAGCCACGCUCACGGAGUACGACAACCUCAUGUCGGCCACCAUGAAAAUCAUCUACAACACACCGAAAUCCAUUCAGGCCAGCGUUACGAUACUGGAGAAUUUGCAUUUGAUUAUCGAGAAGACGAAGCCGGAGGAUGUCACCACAGACAUAAUGCCCAUGUUGUUCUACUCCUUCGACGGCUCCACGAUACAAGUGCAGAGCGCUGCCGUGGUGGCCGUGGCCAAUGUGUUUGAUAGCAUCGACGAGCUUUCCAUUCGCCGGAUGGUCCUACCCAAGGUAAAGCAGGUGUUCGAGAAGAACAUAACCGAUCCGAAGAUAGUGCAGAACGUGCUCAUGUGCAUUGAACGAGUCAUGGACCGCAUGGAAAGGGCUCAGGUCAUGGAUGAGGUCCUGCCGCUGCUGGCAAACAUUCGCAUUCCCGAUCCUGAUAUCAUCAUGCGUACUGUGCGCAUCUAUCAUAAACUGUUUGUGGACAAGACCUAUGGGUUAAGCGUGGAGACGAUGGCCACCAAUGUGCUGCCCCUGCUCAUCCCGCACACCGUGAAUCCGGCCCUGAAUUUCGAGCAAUAUUGCUACCUGCUGGAGGUGUUGCAGCAAAUGCUGGAGGCCAUCGACCGGCAGCAGAGGAACAAGUUGAAGCUGGACAACCUGUCGAUGGCCUCGCCGGAGCGCCACCGCACCCUGCGCCACCAGUUCUCCACGGACAACAUGAACGCGCCACCCUUUAACAUCCCCAACUUGCGCAUAGAUCAGCGCAAGACGUCCAGCGCCGAGGACAUGGCCCGCAAGAACUCUGGCGGCUCCGGCAUGCUGGGCGGCUGGUGGUUCGGCUGCUCGCCCUCGUCGCCGGACAGCAAUUUCCUGCGCGUGGGCAACGUGUUCCCCAACCGGCGGCUCUCGGACAACACGCUGAUGACCCCCAAGAUCCGGAUAGCUCCGUCGUGCGCCUCCUCGCCGGGCGGGACUCCUGGCAGCGGGCUGCCGACGCGACGCCACUCGAGCAUUGGGCCGCAGGAGCGGCGGGGCUCCACCAUCAAUUUGUCACCGCCAACUUACGGUGCCCGCGGUAGCUCCGGAUCGAGUCUAUCGGUGCCAUCCACCUCGGUCUAUGUUAAAUCUCCUUUAUUGUACUCCCAAAAACAGGGUGGCUCCAUGCCGAACACCUCGAGCAGUGUGCCGUUCCUGCUGUCGUCGAGCAUGCAGUCGAUAAGGUCGCGUCGCCAGUCCACCGUGCUCUCGUCGGGACCCCUGGGCUCCGGAUCGGGCCUGCUGCAGCAGCUGGGCAGCGGCAUGUAUCAACUAUUCUCCGGACGUAACUAAAGAUACAGAAACGCACACAGAUAAAUACAUUCAAAAGAAUCCAAUUACUUUUCAAUGCAAUUUCGGUCCAUUUAUGAAACACCAGUAUCAACUUAUAUUAGCGGCAUAUGAAUAUAAAAUUGUAAACGUAUACCAAGAGCAAGCUUAACUAAGUAUUUUCAGUCGACUCUCUAAAUGUUGUUAGCCAAUCCAAAUCGAUGUGACCAAAGCAACAUAUUAAUCACAACUUAAUUGUAAUUUAUCAAAUACAAAAGUGUCAAACACAAUCCAACAAUCACGAAAAAAAUCACGAUCCAGAGUAAAACAAAAAAAAACCUUAUGCAGAAUGCAAUCAAUUCAUAGAAACCCUAGAUAUUCCUGAAUAUAUUUAUUAUGAAUGUUUACGCUAGGCCAAAAUACGUGUGAAAUAUUCCUCGAUGUGUCAUAGAACUUACAUAUGUCAUGCCAAUAAUCUUUUGAUUUAAACCCUAAUAACCGAACCAUAUCAUGAAGCGAAGAAGCAAGUGAAAUAAGAUAUAGCUUAAAAUAUAAUUAUUUAUUUGUUUUGCAAACAUCAAUCAUAUCGCUACCUCGGAUACAAAUAAGAAAUCGAGCAAGAGAAUAAUAGAGUACCUUCUUACAUCGUACCUAGCACCAUGAAAAUCAAACUUAUCACAGAGCUUUAUAGCAAACGCAAUCAAAACCUAAAGAACCUAAUAAAUAUUGAUAGCCACGAGCGUGAGAAGAAGUUUAUUUUUAGCCCAGAACCUCGAGGGUUCCCGCCUGCGCUUUACAGUGACGAACCACAUAUAUACUCCCCAUCAUUCAAUCCAUUAUAUAUACACUCUGUUCAUCCGGAAUACCUCGAACCACACCCAAAACUACUACUAAGGUGAAUACACGAAUCCAACCCAAGGUCCACCGAUAUCUACAUACCGAAAUAGAACCAGAACCACUUAAUGAAGCCGAUGUUCCUGAAGGCAAUCUCAAUCUCAAAUUUAUAGUCAAUUUGCAUAGUAGGGCAGCUAUGCUAUAUGCGUAUAAGUGUGGCAUAUGGCAAAUGGUAAAUGGUAAACUCUUGAAACUUUAUAUCGUGAAGACGUCAUUAAUGUAUUCAUUACGUAAACUGCAAUUAAAUCGAUUAUCAUUGUUGUGGUAUGUUUAGCGGAGUAGAAGUGAAUAACUAAAAACCAAAAUAUGAAUUUAUAUAUGUAUACAAGCAAAGGAAGCAGACGAACUCUACCUAGGACACGCUAGAACCCACUUUAUAUACACGAAAGAUCUAUGCUCUGAAUAACACGAACGGGAACGGGACAAUCAAAAUUCUACCGACACUAGUUCUAUGCCAAUUACGAAUUUCU